AGGCCUUCCAGGUCUUAUCUUCAAGGUGUUGCUGUCCUUGGCUUUAAUUGACUUUGAAUGCUGAAUAAUAAGAACAAUUUUGUUGUUAUGAAGUGAACUUGUGCCGUAUAUACAUAGGCCCAGUUGCUUGCUAAAGUUUAACCCAGACAAUUUUUGUUAAUACAGAGAGAGAUCAAAAAAAACACAGACUGAACCUGCAUGAAGAUUUAUUUUCCAAAGAGUGUGAUAAGAGGAACUUGGAGAAGGCAAGAGUCUAUAUGCUUUGGCCACCAUGUCUGGAGUUGGCAGUAAACGGGCAGCUGGAGAGCCUGGUCCUUCUGCACCUCCAGAGAAGAAGGCAGGGGUUGAAGAUUCAGGAACCACUGUGGAGACCAUAAAGCUUGGUGGUGUUUCUUCAACGGAGGAAAUGGAUAUCCGGGCCCUGCAGACCAAGAACCGGAAACUAGCAGAGAUGCUGGACCAGAGGCAAGCCAUUGAAGAUGAGCUACGGGAGCACAUUGAGAAGCUGGAGCGUCGGCAGGCCACUGAUGAUGCCUCUUUGCUGAUCAUCAAUCGAUACUGGAAUCAAUUUGAUGAAAAUAUCCGCAUCAUCCUUAAGCGCUUCGACCUGGACCAAGGUCUUGGAGACCUUUUGUCUGAAAGAAAAGCACUGGUGGUACCAGAACCUGAACCAGACUCGGACAGUAAUCAGGAGCGCAAAGAUGAGAGAGAGCGAGGUGAAGGACUUGAGCCGGCAUUUUCAUUCCUAGCCACUCUAGCCAGCAGCACCAGUGAGGAGAUUGAAUCUCAGCUGCAGGAGCGUGUAGAGUCUUCCCGCCGUGCUGUUGCCCAGAUUGUGACAAUGUAUGACAAACUGCAGGAGAAAGUGGAUGCGCUGUCCCAAAAGGUGAACAGUGGAGAUAUUACAUUGAUGGAAGAAGCCGUCCUGGAGCUUAAUACCUACCUAUCACAUGAAAAUGGACGGCUGCAGGAGCUAGCCGAUAUUCUUCAGGAGAAGCACCGCAUAAUGUCUCAGGAGUUCUCCAAGCUGCAAGAGAGAGUGGAGACAGCAGAAUCUCGGGUGUCUGUUCUGGAGACUAUGAUUGAUGACCUUCAGUGGGAUAUUGACAAGAUACGCAAGAGGGAGCAGAGGCUCAACCGGCACUUAGCAGAUGUUCUGGAACGAGUAAAUUCCAAAGGCUACAAGGUGUAUGGAGCUGGGAGCAGCCUCUAUGGGGGCACAAUCACCAUUAAUGCCCGCAAGUUUGAGGAGAUGAAUGCAGAGCUGGAAGAAAAUAAAGAGCUUGCUGGGAAUCGCCUCAAGGAGUUAGAGGAACUACGCCAGGAUCUUGAGGAAGUAACAACACAGAAUGAAAAACUCAAGGUUGAGUUGCGACGAGCAGUGGAAGAGGCUGUGAAGGAGACCCCGGAAUAUCGCUGCAUGCAGUCACAAUUUUCUGUUUUGUAUAAUGAGAGUCUCCAGCUGAAGGCACACCUUGAUGAAGCCCGCACUCUGCUUCAUGGUACUCGUACCACACAUCAGCGCCAGGUGGAACUGAUUGAGAGGGAUGAAGUCAGCCUUCACAAGAAACUGCGCACAGAGGUGAUUCAGCUAGAGGACACCCUGGCGCAAGUCCGCAAAGAAUAUGAGAUGCUGAGGAUAGAGUUUGAACAGACACUUGCUGCCAAUGAACAAGCAGGUCCAAUUAAUCGGGAGAUGCGUCAUCUCAUCAGCAGCCUCCAAAACCACAACCACCAGCUGAAGGGAGAGGUGUUAAGAUACAAGCGCAAACUGAGAGAGGCCCAGUCUGACUUGAGCAAGAUCCGCUCUCGCAGUGGUAAUGCUCUCUUGCAGUCCCAGUCCAGCACUGAAGAAACAAAAGAGGAACCUCCAGAGAUCAAGCAGGAGCCUGAUGAUCUUUCUGCCCAAGUGUCUGUCCCCAAGGCCACUUCUGAAGAUAUUACUGAAAUGAAGGCUAGGCGAGAUGAAGAGGAACGGGAGCGAGAGAGACGGGAGAGGGAGAGAGAACGAGAGAAGGAAAAAGAGAAGGAGAGAGAGAGGGAGAAGGAGAAAGAAAAGGAACGAGAGCGGGAAAAGCAGAAGCAGAAGGAAUCUGAGAAGGAGAGAGAAUCCAAAGAGAAGGAGAAAGGGAAGCAUGAAGAUGGAAGAAAGAAGGAGGCUGAAGUGAUCAAGCAACUGAAGGCUGAACUAAAGAAGGCCCAGGAGAGUCAGAAGGAGAUGAAGCUGUUGUUAGAUAUGUACCGUUCUGCCCCCAAAGAGCAGAGAGACAAAGUACAGCUGAUGGCAGCUGAGAAGAAGGCAAAAGCUGAGCUGGAAGAACUGCGGCAGAGGGUCAAAGAAUUGGAAGACAAGGAGAAAAAGGAGAGUAAAAAGAUGGCUGAUGAGGAUGCCCUCCGCAAAAUCCGAGCAGUGGAGGAACAGAUUGAGUAUUUACAGAAGAAACUAGCCAUGGCUAAGCAGGAGGAGGAGGCCCUGCUGUCAGAAAUGGAUGUCACAGGCCAAGCAUUUGAAGACAUGCAGGAGCAGAACAUCCGUCUGAUGCAGCAGCUGCGGGAGAAGGAUGAUGCCAACUUCAAGCUGAUGUCAGAGCGCAUCAAGUCCAACCAGAUCCACAAGCUGCUGAAAGAGGAGAAGGAGGAGCUGGCAGACCAAGUUUUGACACUGAAGACUCAGGUGGAUGCCCAACUGCAGGUUGUACGUAAGCUGGAGGAGAAGGAACAUUUACUGCAAAGCAGUAUUGGAACAGGCGAGAAAGAACUGGGUCUCCGAACACAGGCCCUGGAAAUGAACAAACGCAAGGCCAUGGAUGCAGCCCAGCUUGCAGAUGAUCUGAAAGCCCAACUAGAGCUGGCUCAGAAGAAGUUACAUGACUUCCAGGACGAAAUUGUGGAAAACAGAGUAACUAGGGAGAAAGAGAUGUUUAACUUCAAAAGGGCUGAGGAAGAUAUUUCUAGGUUACGCAGGAAGCUGGAGACCACUAAGAAGCCUGACAUGGUUCCUAACUGUGAUGAAAUACUGAUGGAAGAAAUCAAGGAUUACAAGGCCCGCCUGACGUGCCCAUGCUGUAACAUGCGCAAAAAGGAUGCUGUGCUCACGAAGUGCUUUCAUGUCUUCUGUUUUGAGUGUGUGAAAACACGCUAUGACACCCGGCAGCGUAAGUGCCCCAAGUGCAAUGCUGCCUUUGGGGCCAAUGACUUCCAUAGGAUCUACAUUGGUUGAUUCUGUCCAUAAAAUGAUUCCAUUCUAUCUAGAAUGAUGAAAAGUUACUGCUUGUAUUGACCACUCAGACUCCCCCAUUUUCUGUUAUUGUCACCUUUGGGGCAGUCAGUGCUUCUGUCAGCUGAUCUGCAGUCUCUUCUGGAAAGUAGCGUUAGGGUAUUGGGAGAAGCAUAUUCUGGAUCUUGGUUCCCUUGCUGCUUUUCUUUUACUCUUGCUCUCAUUUUUUGUGGAUUCCUUGUGCUUCAGAGGACAUUUGCUGUACAUCACCUUGACACUGGCGGGUUGGGAACAUCUAAGUGAAGUCCUGCCUUGAUGGGAUGAAAGCUGUGGUGCAGCAGAGAUAAAUGAGGCUUUUAUUUGAGGAGUUUGCUUUGGAUGUUCUUUAUUAAAUCCCAUCAAGGUAUGGUAAUGUUUCUGAGAGUUAACAGUUUCCUAACUAAUGGGCCAAAUAAUGAAUGUAUAGGUACAUCUGUAGACUUCAGUGGAGUGACUCCUUACAUAUAUAACUCCCACAGUCAGGUUGAGGUAUUGCUGUUAUUGUCCUGUUUCCAGAAAAGAAUUUGUAGGGGUUACUUUGUUGCAAAUUUGCCACAGAGAUUAAUCUUACAAUGCAUAAAAUCUAAUAAAAAACUAUUUUCUGGGUGUUUUUCUGGGUUUCCUUGUCUCUGGUAGUAUCUUGUCUGUGCUCCUGUCCUUUGUCUGGUUACUGGAAACAUUCUUCAUAGGCUUUAACCUUCUAUAGUAGAGAAAUCAAUUUAUUCCUUCAUUUGUUUUCAAAAAAUGCUUACCUAAAAGAACCUUUGCUUUUUUGGCUGUAUCUUCAGUACCUGAUUCCUGACACAACAGAAGGACCAAAAUGCUGGAUUAUUUAUACGGUCGUUUUGUCAUGGCCACUAGGAGUUUUGUGAAAGGACAUAGCAUAGGGUAUUGUCUCUAUUGCUCCUUGUAGUGCAAGGCUGCAUUUGAAUUCUUGAACAACAAUCGCUCUAAAAACAUGAAGUAAUUUAUUUACAACAUUCCUUCAUAGAGCAGACUUUUUCCUGUAAAUUUAAUUUUCUUGGAAGGUGCAGCUGUUAGGUUUGUCUUAUCUGUGUCCCUUCCCUGAAUCAUAAAAUCUGUAUUACCUUCCUGUAUUCACUGUAGGGAAUUAUAGAAACAAUAGUAAAGUGAAAUGCAGACUGUCUUACAGUAUGCGUUAUUAUCUUUGUGAAAACAUUCAGAAAAUAUGAAUAAAACCUUGUAAAUAAUUGUGAA